AUGCCAAUUAUACCACCAAGACCCAGUAAGAGUGACGCCGAAGUGAUUCCGGUAGUGCCAGACGACCAUAAUGGAAGUUCUCCGGAGCUCGUCGCUACAAGGAAGGACACGGUAGAUGAAUUGCUUGAUUACUAUGAUGAGGAACUUGUUUCAGAUGUGGUAGAAGAACCUCUUCUUUCCAAAAGUGAAGCGGCAGCUGAAUCUAACGUGGCUGAGAUGGUGCCAAUGACAUCGUCACUAACCGCUUCUCCCUCAACCGGUACUCCUCCCACUAUUCCUUCCCUGCGCCCUCAGAGAAAUCAAAGUAAUCCUGAGAGAACCAGACAUGAAGAUUCGGUUAUUCCAAAUCAAGAGAAAUCUCCAAUUGAAUCCGACCAGGAUAUUCCCCAAAUACCUACUUCUAGACCUAAGCCGAGAAAAGAGAACCUGGCGUCGAGCCUUACUCCCUCGAUCCCAACCUCAAGACCCGUCAAGGAGCAAAGUGCACCUCUUACUUCUGAGAAAGUUGCAGAUGAACUGAAGGAGGACAAUUCUGAUACAUCUAUUACACGAAAGGUUUCAGAGAGCUCCGUUCUGGCUAGUAAGUUCCCAGAUACCACUGCCCAAGAGCUGGCUACUGCUUUGUCACUUAACUGUUCGCUCUCUGAGUCUUUACAUGACGAGGAGACUAAUGGCUCUGGUACUAAAGUUAAGGACUGCUCAGUAGAAUCAGUCGUGGAGGAGAAUGUCACUGGAACAGAACACUCAAACACAAACUUGAAAGCCGCAACGUUGGCGUCGACUUCAGAAAUAUCCAAGUCUGGUAUUAUUGAUUCACAGUCCCAAUCUUUGGAUCCUGAAAUAGAUGCUUCUGAAAAAGACUCUAAGAUCCUUGAAGUAUCACAUGGGACGAUAACCUCUUCAAUACCAAUUAUUCCACUGGUUCGCCCUUCUAAGCCCAAGCAAACAGAUUUAAAGGAAACUUUAGAACACAAGGCGAUCACAGGUGAAGACAAACCUGAAGAUCGCCUAGAAAUAUUCAAGCGUUCGCCUAUUCAGCCCACUGAAACUGAAACAGAAAAGAAGGAAACAGAAAAUGUGAUUCAGCAACCCGAAAAUUCUUUGGGAUGUGAAUCUGAAGAAAAGAAAGAAGGGGUCAAAGUUGCGAUUGAGCCUGAUUUAGAGAAUAAUGUUGAAGAGAGUAUCGCAAAUAUUAAUAAGGCAAUUGAUGAACCAAGCGUUAGCAAGGAAAACCCUGCUGAAGAUCGACGUGUUAUUCCUGAGAAAACGACUGAGAAUUCUAUGACUCUGGAUAUUCCAUUGGCUCACCCUUCAAAAGUGGCUCUGAAGGAUCUUGAAGAUGAAAAUCAAAGUUCGAGUUCCAAGAUCCUAAGUGAAACUACUAAAGAGAGCGAAACUUCCGUCCCCCAUAUACCACUAAUUCGUCCUUCUAAGAAACUGACAUCUGAUGAAUCAUCACCUAACGUGGAAAUUCCACUUAGACCGCUGAGAUCAUCUUCCUUUGAUUCAACGAAAUCUAUUCCACAAAAAAAACCACCACCAAAGCCUAAACAUUUAUCUUCCAAGAUUGCUGCCUUUCAGCAGAUGUUUAAUGCUGAACCAGUCUCCCUAGAUGAAAACAAGGCUCCCAAGGCUCCCACACGAACUGUAACCAAAUUAUCAAGUGAGAAAUUAAAGUUUACAGAAGGUUUAAAGCUUGGUGGUGGUGUACCUUUGCCAGGAAUGGCUAACCCGGCUUUACUACAAAAACUUAAAACAAGAAAUAUUAGCGAUGCCGAAGUUGUUAAUGCAAAUGAAAGAAAUGAUGAUGAUAAUGAUGAUGAUAAUAAUGAUGAUAAUGAUGACGAUAAUGAUGAUGAUACAACAGCAGAAAAAACAAUUCCUGUUUCUGAUGCCAGAAAGUCAAGGGUUAGGCUAAGAGGUAAGAGACUUCCUAAAUCGGCUCAGAUUGCUGUUGAAAUUAGUACUUCGAGAUUUACUGUUGUUCAAGGUGAUUUAUGGGCCCUUGAGUAUUCCAAGAAAGCUGAUCACAUGAUCGAACCAGAAAUUCUGGACAGCUCUAAAUCACGUGACACUGAGAGUGUUAUUGAAGAUGAUAAAGCACUUAAAGAGCUGGUCUUAUCACCUAAAGAUGAAGGGAAGCAACGUGUUGAAACCAACAAAACUAAUGAACAUCGUGGGUGCGAGCACGCGAUUUCAGAGAACGAAUCAGAUGAAAUAGAUACUGAUGAUUUAUAUGAAACUGAUUGGGAUGAUUAUAAUUUCACUUUAACAGGUGAAUUUACAGUACGUGAAAAAAAUGAAUGUACAAAUUCAAAGCCGGACAAUGCUGACUUUAAAGAAUCUGAACCUGAUGACACUACACAGUUAGAAUCGUUGAAAGAUGCUAUUGUUGGAGAUGAGGAAGUGAAAACAAAGCAUGCUAUUAAUUUAGACAAGCAGAAUGCACCAUUAAGUUCCUCUUCAAUUGAGCAUGAGACCCCAGAAGCCGAAAGUCAACCGCAGGAAGGAGAAACGGAGUAUGAUGAUUUAGAAACAAAUACAACUACUUUGAAAGAGGAUUGA